GAUUAGCUACGCGACGUAUUGUUUCGCAGAUGUGGGCAGCUCACUCCGCUCUGUGGCGAAAGGGCGGCGGUGGUUUGAAGUCGAGAAAGAGGAUGAGGAGGAACAUGUCGGUGUGAGGACGCGUCUUUGCUUUCGCCGUAGAGAAGCUCGUAUAGCCAGCCAGGUGUGUCUCAUCGGCCACCUGCUAUCCUGCUUCCUACCUUUAUUGCCACUGUCGAGGUAGCCAUGGCAACCAGCGCUGUGCCAAGUGAUAACCUGCCAACAUACAAGCUGGUGGUGGUGGGGGAUGGGGGUGUUGGGAAGAGUGCCCUCACAAUCCAGUUUUUCCAGAAGAUCUUCGUGCCAGACUAUGAUCCCACAAUUGAGGACUCGUAUCUUAAACACACUGAAAUAGAUGGACAGUGGGCAAUACUGGAUGUAUUGGACACAGCUGGUCAGGAGGAGUUCAGUGCAAUGAGGGAGCAGUACAUGAGGACGGGAGACGGCUUCCUGAUUGUCUUCUCUGUGACGGACAAGGCCAGCUUUGAACAUGUUGACCGAUUCCAUCAACUCAUACUACGGGUCAAAGACAGGGAGGCCUUCCCCAUGGUGCUGGUUGCAAACAAAGUGGACUUGGUCCACCUGAGAAAAGUCACAACUGACCAGGGGCAGGAGAUGGCUGCAAAACAUAAUAUAACUUAUAUUGAAACUAGUGCCAAGGAUCCCCCAAUGAAUGUGGACAAAGCCUUUCAUGAACUGGUUCGUGUUAUAAGACAACAAGUCCCAGAGAGAAACCAGAAGAAGAAAAAGAAGAUGAAAUGGAGAGCAGAGCGUUCCACGGCUUCCCACAGGUUCCACUGCGCCAUAUUGUGACCAACCUCGUCAUCGUUGUCAUCCAUCACACACACACACACACGCGCACACCAACAAACCUUUGGAUGUCAGGGAAGUCCCCAGCAGUGGUCAAACUACUGGAGCACAAAAGGGAUUGGGGUUGGUUGAGGAAUGACGUGAUGGAUCCAGAGGGAAGAAAUAAAUCUGAAAAAUUAAACUGAUGUCCCCUCAGCCCUUCACAAUGCCUUGGAAUGAGUGCUACACCCUCCCUCCUCACUUUAUGGUCCUUUUUUUAAAGGUUAUUUUUGAGAACCACUCCCCAUCUGUACUCCCUGAAAAACAGUCCUCUAACUGUGAGUGUAAGUUAUGAAUUUACUAUCAAAUGUGGCACAAGACAACAAACUAUCCAGAAAAGAUGGCGGUCAAAAUCACCUGGGACUAUGAACUUCUGUCAUCUUGAGCAAGGGAAGGAAAAACCGGUGUUUUACGAGCUCCCAACAAUCAAUCCCGACACACCUUCACUUCUAGUGGGGAAAACUCCGCUGUGAUGACCGGAUAGGCCGCCUUUGGAUUUCUGUGUUCUCGCUCUAUAGAGGGGACGUCAUUAGAAGAUAGUGGAUGAAUUUGAGAGUGGUGACAGUAGGUGUUGUGUAGUGUUGUUAAGUGGACAGUGAGUAUAGUGAGCGUGCACCUUGUGGUCAUGUUUUGACAUGUCAGUUUGGAGAGGGCGGGAGGGCAAGUGAAGGAACUGUGAAGUGAGACGAGAAAAUGUGUCAUAUCUGUUGUCCGAUGAAUGCUAUGGCCAUAAUCAAGUGUUUCAGGAUUAUGAUUAUAAAGGAGAAUAAUAAGAUUGGUCAGUGUGCAAGAUUAUGUCAGUGUGGCAGCACUGAUCUUUUAAUGGCCUUGUUUACAGACGCUCUUAUAAAGGAUUAUUUUCCCACAUGCAAACAGACAGCACACAGGAGCCACUUUUUUGUCCUUUUUAAGUAUUUGCAAAUGGUUACUAUUGGUUCGGUUGCCUCUUCAGUUGUCAGUGGUGUACUGAGUGCAAUCUGUUAUGAGUACUGUAUGAACAGCUGUUCCAGUAUACUUUUUUUUCCCUCCCAUGUUUUUAUAUCCAAAAUAUUAUGGAAAAAUACAAUUAUAUUUGAUAUUAAAAAACAACUUAUAAGUGGCAAUGUAAACACAUUCAGUGCUAUUUUACAGAGGAUCUCUAUGAAAAUCUUAAAGAAAUAGAAUAGAUAAGGGAUGAUUUGCACUGGCCACUAACCAAAACAAUGUGAUGUCACUUUAUUUCAGUCGAGGCUUUUCAGACUGCACCGCAGAAUUCAGGUCGCUGUCAUAAGAUGAAUCGGUGUAGGGGAAUAAAACUGUGGCCCUGGGAGCAUGUCAGCAUUACAAAGCAGCGCGAUGCUCCCAGGGCUGAAAGCCAUGUUAGUUUAGAUGUAGGAAAACUGCACACUCGAAGCAACAACACAUUCAGUGUAUCUGUGUUUGUAGCCGUGAGGUGGAUGGGAAUAUACAAUUUAAUAACCUACGAAAUGGCUUGUACUGUUAACGCACUAAAGUUUCAGUUGACACUUUCCUGUCUGGAUGAAUACUGACUCUUGAAAGAAGGAAUAAAUGUUUUGCACUUUUAAUGCGAUUUCUCACUUUCCUAUUGGCAUGUAGUUUUUCUUUCCGACUUGGUAAUCGAAACAAGGAGCACGGCGCCAACGUUUGAAUGUAAGAUGGAGAAACAAAGCUAGCAAACAGCUGAUUAGUGUUGUAACCCCGUGUAUGCCUGUUGCCUUUGUGGUGGUUGUAAUAGAAUAAAUUAGGUUGGGAUUUAAUCAUUCAAAAAGGUAUUAAAAAGAAGUUGUGCAUUACUUGGUUUUGAAUUUAAGGUUGCGUGCGGAAAAUCUCAUUUAUCAAAUGACUUACAAACUCACCUCAGCAUGGAAGUGGAAAUCAACCUCUGCAAAAGAAGGAAUACAAUUUUGACAGUGCUGAUCGACAUCUGCUGUUAAAGGGACGUUUCAGAGAGUUUCCAGAGCAGGACUCAGUUAUUAAAGUCCUGAUCGCUGAACAAUGAAGCAACAGACUCUGAAUCGUGGCAGAAAAAAAGAAGGAAAAAUAGCCGAAUGUGUUUGAAAACGUUGCAUCAUGUAUGUUUGAUACCAUUUUGUAUUACUGAUAUGAUUCUUGCGUGUUUUAUAAGCAACUAAGUAAUUUAUUACUGUCUGUUACCUCAGUGUGUCCCAGACCUGGACAAAAAAACCAACAAAAAAAAAAAAAAAAAGUUCCCCACUGUUUUUCUUUUUAACUUUAUUCUUUUUUUAGGUUAUCUUGGGAAAUUCUUUACAUCUGAGUCUCCGUAUGUUUUCGACCAAGAUGAAAAACGUGUUUAGUCCUGAGCUGAAAAAGCAUAAGAGCCUCCGUGUUACUGGGGCUGAAGUGGAUAGCCUCACAAGUGAAUCACACAAGGGUCACGCUGAGUAAAAGCAGUCAUUUAUGAGAGUCAUGUAAGAAAUUUCAGUUUCUGGUGAGACUCGUGCUUAAAAUGAGCUGCUUUUCAAACUGGCUGAGAAAUCCUGAAAUGGCACAAACUGCACCCCCCCCCCUUUUUUUUUUUUUUUAAUAGAAUUAUUUAAAUGAUUUCAGUUUUGUACAUCCUGAAACUUUGUAAGUGAAGGAAUGUGGAGACUUUAAAAUUUUGAUUACAAAAAAGGAGGGGGGGGGGCGGUCACACAAGUUGUGUAAUGUGUUUUUUGGCAGGUCUGUUGUGUUCUAACUGGCUGUGUCAGACUGAGGAGCUAGACGAGGCACAAACUAACUGUGGCCUUUUUAUCUAGCCUCAGGGGUCGAUUAUAUUUCAAUUAAAAACAACAGUAUUGUGUUUUUUA